CAAACUGGGCCUAACAAUCCAUAGCGACGUGAAAGCCCAAUUAUGUUGCGUAGACCAUGCUUACUGAAGCGAUGAUGGCAAUCUGUUGUUAUGCCCUGUCCUGUGUUGAACGAAACGUUGAAAGCGAGCCAUGGCAGAAGGAGAACCCACCAACGGUUACUGCAGCAGCAGUGGCGAAGAAGACGGUGACGCCGCUUGGAGAGCUGCUAUCCAUUCCAUUGCCCAAACCACCACUUACGUCUCUUCCACCACCAAACAUGGUCCCCCAAAUGACGACGACGACGAUUACAGCAAACCCAAAACACAACAGCUUAAGCACUAUCAAAUCAAGGCGCAAAAGCUUCUGAAUGAUAUAUUGGAAAAUACAAUAGAGAUAGUGAGAAAACCUGUCCCUGUCGAGGAUGAUGAUCCCAAAAUCAAUGAAUGCGGCAUUCGAUUGUUUAAAUAUGCUAAGCCAGGAAUAGUGUUUGAUCACUUAGAUGAACCCCAACCACUAAGGAAACGGCCUAGAAUACUUCCCGGAGAGGAUAUUGAUGAGAAAUCAAAGAAGUUUAGGAAACGGAUUAGAUCUGUUGCUGUGAAUGGGAUAGAUAUAUUGGCUGCAGCAAACGAUUCAUGCAAGAAGUCAUUAGCUAGACUUGAAGCUAAAGAUGCAGCAGCAAAAGCUAAAGCAAAGAGAGAAGAGGAAAGAGUUGAAAAUUUAAAAAAGAUUAGGGGAGAGAGGUGGCUACCUUCUAUGGCCAAGGAGAUGCAGUUGCUGGGUAUGAGGACCAAGUACUCCAUGGGGACAGCCAUUGGUGGGCAUGGGAGUGUUUUUGGGUCCUUUGAUUAGAAUUUCGAAAGUCGAAUGAGAGUGCUUAUACUUGUUAGAUGUUUUGGCCACAAAAAAACACUUGUUGGAUGUAUUCACCACGAAAAAAAAUACUUGGUGGAUAUCACACUUUACAAUAUUUUGAUAUUUUGUGUAUUUAUUCACUCUUACUAGUUCAGUUUAAGAUCAGCAUUAAGUAACAAAUUAACAAGUUCUAAAUUUAACAUCAG